UAAAACUUAUACCUGUCAAUCUAAUCUACAAAAUAUAGACUUUUUUCUGAAAAACCUAUUUCAAAUUCCGUAAAUUAAUUGUCUGAAAAACAAAUCUUAAAAACAAGAAAUUGUAUAGAGAAAAUGGGCGAUGAUAAGGAUCCUUCGAUACAGUAUCUAUUGCUUCAGCACAGACUAACAAAAAAGAAUGGGCAAUGGAAGAUUAAGGAAAAAAUAAAAUCUGACUUAUCGAGUCAACUUCUGAAGAAGAAUUUAUUAGUAGAAAAUAAAAGUACUGAUUUAAUUCAUGAAAUUAAGCAGUUUGCGAAUAGGCAAGGAAAUCAAAUAACCCAACGUAGCAAUGGUUUUUGCAAGACAAACAAUAAACUUAAAGGGUCGUUUGAUGAAAUCACUGGUAAAGAUGAAGCUAACGAGCUUGUUACCAACAAUAAUUUAGAAAAUUUCUGUGGUUAUGGAUAUGUGCGUGGAAAAGACGAAGAUAAAAUAAAGAAUUUCGAUAUAAGCAAGUUUAAAAAAGAAGAUGACAAUGGAAUUAAAGAGCACGUUAUAAAUCGUAGUACAGAAAAUGAUCUUGACUAUGCAUUUACAGGUAGAGAUAUUAAUGCAAGUGAUACUAAGGCAAGUGUGAGAGAUAAUCCAUACACAGCUAGUCUCGAUGAAGAUGAUACCGAUGGGAAUUGUCUUAAUAGAGAUGAUAAUGAUGAAGGAAGUUUCGAUAGAUGUAGUCUUCAAGGGUGUAGUUUCUAUGGUGGUAGUUUCGAAGGGCGUAGUUUUGAUGGAUAUAGUACUACUGAGGGCAAUAUCUAUAAAAGUGGAACCAAAACAAUUCGUUUUGAUAGAAAUACCUCGAGUAAAGACUGUUACGAUGGAAAUUGUGUCAAUGGAAGUACUGACGAUAAAAAUACUGUCAAUGAAGGUACUGUGGAUGAAGGUAGUCUCAAUAAAGAUGGUAUGGAUGGAGGUGAUUUCAUUGUUGAUUGCCUUGGAGAUAGUUUUAAUGAAAUUCUUCCCAAUACUGAUGAUCUCGAUAGAGGUGGAUUGGAUAAAGUUGACAGUCACCACGAUAGAGCUGGUGCUAAUGCAGGUGAUACUCAUUACAAUUUAGAUAAAAUCAAAGAAACUAAGGGCAAACACGAUCCAUCUAACGCAGAUUAAUGUUUAAUCUGUCCGAUUUCGCAGCUCAAGUAAUGGAUGUCAUACUGUUUAACAAAACACUACAUAAUUAAUUCUUAAUUUUUAUUUAAUUUUUUUUUAAAGAACAAA